AUUAUUAAAGUUCUGGAACCUAUCUUGGGGUAUUUUGUCGAGUGGGAGUACCAUUGCUGCAGCACUUCCUGUGUUCAGGGUUCAUGUGUCAGUCUCAGACUGUGAGUACUGUACACACUGAGGGUUAAUGACCCUGUGGAUGUACUGUGGCUCUCCCCUCGAGUAACUUGGAAAGGAAAAGAACUGGAUCUCAUCGUGUAGUGAAACCUGAUACAUCUGCAUCAAUACCAUUCUGUUCCUCCUCUUCCUCCUCCUCCUCCUCAUCAUCUUCAUCAUCAUCAUCAUCAUCAUCAUCAUCAUCAUCAUCAUCAUCAGUCAUGAGCUCUCGUUCUCUCCUGAUGGUUCUGCUGGUUCUCGCCUGCCUUCAGUCCUUCACAAUGGCCAACAAUCCAGAUGGACCAGAUGUGUGCUGUUUCAGCUUUCUGACACGACCAAUCCCUGUAAGAGUCAUUACAGCGUAUGCAGUAACAGAUAUUCGGUGUGCAAAACCUGGAGUCAUCUUUACUCUACAGGACGGUCGUCAUGUGUGUGCAAAUCCCCAAGACAUGUGGGUGAAGCAUCACAUGAACAAACUGGACCAGCGUCUGUUUAACAGUCUGAACAAACCUGAAGGAGGUCUUCCAGAGGGGCAUUCAGAACUGCAACCUCCUCUGAUUCACUCAGAUAAGGAUGAACCCAGCAGUACCAUUCCUGCAUCAGCUGUCACUACUGUAGAGGUGAAGAUUAAUCAGACUGCUGCUCUGCCCUGUAAUCGGAGAUGUUCUCAUCAGGCCACAUGGAUCAAUGACCAAAGUUAUAUAGUGGCUCGGUGUGAUCAGACAUCCUGCUGGUCAGAAGAAGGAUUUAAAAUCUCCCAUAAUCAGUAUUUGAAGGGAGAUCUGACCCUCAUCAUCACUGUAGCUGAUGACAGUAAGAGGAACAUAUACACGUGUCAGUGUGAUGGCAAAGACGUUAAUUAUUUUCAUCUCCGCAUCGAGUCCUUCAAUUCAUCAGUUCAGGUGAAUCCUGGUGAAGAUCUACAGCUGAAUUUACACUUAACAGACCAAGUGGAGGUGAUCUUUAAACACAGAGAUUCAGCAGAUCCACAUGGUGUACAGAUCUGCAGUGUGUAUAAAAGCUCACUAAACUGUACAGCUGAAUUCACACAGAGAACAUCACUCAAUAUCACACAUCUUAUACUGAGAGGAGUAAAGAGUACUGAUGAUGGAGUUUACAGUAUCAGAGACACGAUGAAUAACAACAUCCUUCAUACUUACACAGUAACAGUAAGAGAUCAGAACAAAAUAGUCCUGGUAGUGGUGGUGGUGGUGGUGGUGCUUCUGGUUGCUGUAUUGAUCGUGUUAAUCCUGAACCUGAGGAAAAAAUAUCACAGUAACCGAAAAGAUAAUUAUAUUGUACAGAGGCCUGGGAAUGGAGCAGGAGAACAUCAGAGCUCUAAUGGCACAACAAAUAUGAACCUAAUGGUGAACCAAAGAAUGUUAAGACAGAGUGAGAAUGAAAGUGACGAGUAGUAACAGAGGGAAGAAACUUGCAACUACAUAUGUGGAACAAUGAGAGAUCAAAAAUCAGAUGGUUGCACAGGAAUAAAUGACAUGUAUCUGGA